UCGGCCCAAAACUCAAAAUUUAAAAGGAUGUUUAGGCUUUUAAAUCCAUAUAAAGCUAUAGUUUCCACGUUUCCAGAUGGGGACGGAAGUUCAAUGGCACCAAGUCCGUUAAAGACUCUUCCGGCAAGCUUAUGAAGCCCUUAGAAGGCUUUGAGAAACCUCGUUUUCCGAAGAUCAGUGUGGUCGGAGCCGGACAAGUGGGCACGGCGAUCUGUGCGAUGCUUCUGGUCCGUAAUAUUACAAAAUAUGUGGUGGUCUUGGAUGUCAACUAUGAGUUGGCCAAAGCUGAGGCUUUGGACUUUCAGCAUGGCUCAGUCUUUAUGGGGGAUCCUCGAAUAGUCCCAUGUGGCGAUGGCUCUCAUGCCAUAGAUUCGGAUGUGAUUAUCAUUACAGCAGGUGCACGGCCAUCGGACAAAGAUCGCUCACGGCUAACUGUGAUGCACAAGACCGUUGAGAUCCUUAAGGAUGUGGUGCCCAAAAUGGUGAAACUAAGUCCCAAAGCGAUUUAUAUAGUGGUCUCCAAUCCCGCUGAUGUCAUGACCUAUGCCGUCCAACAAAUUGGAAAGCUGCCCAAGCACCGCUGUUUCACCACAGGCUGUCACUUGGAUUCGGUGCGAUUCCGUAACUUCAUUGCCAGACGUUUCCAGUUGCCACCAUCGCAGGUUGAGGGCUAUGUGAUCGGGGAACACGGCAGCAGUGCAGUGCCCGUGUGGUCCUCCGUCUCCAUCGGUGGCAUCCGUCUAAGCCAUGUGGUGAAGGACCUGGCCUGCGGUGAUGAUCCCGAGAACUGGUCGGAGAUCAAUGAGCAGGUCAUCACAGGCGGACUUUCUGUGGCUAAAACAAAAGGCUAUACCAACUGGGCCGUUGCCCUUACCUGUGCGGAUAUCGUUCAGGCACUGUGCGGUGGCAAAGGUAAGAUCGCCUCUGUGGGCACGGACAUGAAGGGUCUCUAUGGGUUCAAGGAGAGCGUUGUCCUAUCCUUGCCCUGUUUGGUCACCUCGGGUGGAAUUAGUCAUGUCUUUCAGCUACCCCUGACGGAUGUGGAGAAAGGCAAACUUCAAGCCUCCGCGGAUACUCUUAUGGAAGCGCAGUGCUCUCUGAAGCUUUAAAGAUCUUCGAUAUUGAUUUGUUUACUAGAUAUCCUUGUUCCAACUUUGUUAAGAUAGGAAAGUACUCAACUAGAAGACAUCAUCUAUUCUAGUAUACUCAGCUUGGUUGGAGAGUUUAAACUUAAGAAAUGAUUAACUACUUAUUUUUAAUAUUGCCAUACAGAAGUAGUUUGAAAAAUAGCCCUGUCAUCCUUAUAAAAGCCUUACAUUUGUAGUCAAAUUUGUAACAAAAUCCCUUCAAAUAUAAUCUUCAUACAUAUGUGAA